AUGGUGCGCACGUCGAUCUUGACGUCACUCCUAGCAGUGGUAUCGACUGCGCUGUCUGAGAGACGGUUCCUCCCCGGCGGCUACAUCUUUGAGGUGGAGGAUGGCCAUGAUACCGGAGCUGUGAUCCAACAAGUGGGCAGCCAUGGUACGACGCGAAUGAAGCUCAACUUCAAACACUUCAAGGGGGUCUCGGUGCAACUCCACGAUCUCAAGAAGGAAAAGGAUACCGUCGCCCGGCUUGCUUCUGCGCCGAGCAUCAAGAACGUCUGGCCCAUUGAGAUUCACGAUCUCCCAAAGGUUGCCGAUGGCAAAGUUCUCACCGCAAAUGACUGGAACAUCAAGGAUGGCGACCAUUCGCAGCUUCAAAAACGAAACAUUAUGAAUGAGACUGAUGUCUGGCCGCCACAUAUCAUGACCCAGGUCGACAAGCUUCGAGCUAAGGGCAUCACUGGAAAGGGAAUCAAGGUGGCUAUCGUUGACACCGGUAUUGACUAUACUCUCAAGGCUUUAGGUGGAUGCUUCGGAGAUGGCUGCCGCGUAUCGUUCGGCUAUGACUUGGUGGGUGACGAUUAUACGGGCGCAAAUGUCCCCGUACCCGACAAGGAUCCCAUGGACUGCGCUGGCCACGGUACGCACGUUGCUGGCAUUGUUGCUGCAAUUGACGAGGACUACCAUUUUACCGGUGCCGCGCCCGAUGUCACGCUCGGUAUGUACCGCGUCUUCGGGUGCUUAGCGAGUGGUGCAUCAGACGAUGUUCUUAUUGCUGCAUUCAAUAUGGCCUUCGAGGAUGGCGCCGAUGUUAUCACUGCCUCCAUCGGCGGUCCUGUUGGCUGGUCCGAGACAGCCUGGAGUGUCGCCGUCUCUCGCCUCGUCGAACACGGCGUGGUAUGCACACUGGCUGCGGGCAACGACGGUGCUCGCGCCCUUUUCGACGCCUCCUCGGCCGCUGACGGCAAGGGCGUCACAGCUAUUGGGUCGUAUGAGAGCGACCAGAUGCCCGUUUUUGGAUUCAGCUCCCACUACUCCGUCGACGGCGGCCCGGAGAAGCUCUUUGCCAAUGGACCCACGGAUCUAUAUAACUGGCCCGUUCCGAUCACGCCGCUGCCUCUCUACGUCCUCACUUUAGAUCCCACGGUCGAGGCGGAUGGGUGUGAUCCCUUCCCAGAGAGCGUGCCGGACCUGAGCCCGUAUGUCGUGCUCAUUCGCCGUGGUACCUGCUUAUUCUCGGUCAAGGCCACCAAUGCCGUGGCUAGGGGUGCUAAAUACAUUCUCUUCUACGACCACGACGUUGAGAAACGCCUCCUCGAUCCGCUUAUUACAGGCUCUAACGCCACUGCUGCUGCCCUUGUCACAGCGGGUACGGGCCGGAGAUGGAUCAACCUCGUCAAGGCCGGCCACAAUAUCACAGUUUCGAUGAAAUAUCCCAAUAAGAAAGACGUUUGUGUCGCUUUCGAUGAACGACCUGACCGGGGUGGUGCUCUAAGCGGCUUUACCUCGUGGGGCCCCAGCUGGGAUGUAGAUGCCAAGCCGCAAGUCGGUUCGGUAGGAGGCGCCAUCUUUUCGACCUGGGUCGGCGGCUAUAAUAUCGCGUCCGGCACCUCAAUGGCGACCCCUCUGGCGGCGGCGAUCAUGGCCCUCAUCUUACAGGUUCGCGGGCCAACAGCCCCCAAGGUCCUAGAGAAUCUAGUCUCGGCCACGGCGAACCCACAGCUCUGGAACGCCGCUUCUAGCUUCGCCGACAAGUUAGCCCCGGUCCCGCAACAGGGCGGUGGCUUGAUCCAGGCGUACGAUGCCGCCUACGCCACCACUCUGCUAGAUCCCUCGAGCCUCUCCUUCAACGAUACAGACAACCUUAUGAAGAAGCUUGAAUUUGUCAUUACAAACAAGGGCAGUAGUGAAGUGACCUAUAACGUCACUCACGUCCCGGCUCUCACGGCUUACACCCUUCAGAAGGGCAGUGCCUGGCCUCAAGACUUCCCUCCCGACCUCGUCGAGGACCACGCCUCUCUGGAUCUUUCUGAUGUCACUGUCAGCCUGAAGCCCGGGAACCGCAAGAUCCUCAGUGUAUCGGCCCAGCCGCCGGCGAACGUAGACUCAAAGCGUCUUGCUGUAUGGUCUGGUUAUGUCGUCAUCAACGGCACGGACGGGACGUCUCUAUCUCUACCCUACCAAGGAGUGUCAGGGUCGCUCAAGAGCACAACCGUCCUGCUGCCCGACCAGGCCUGGAUGUCGUGGUCUAAUGAAUCCAACCGGGGCCUCUAUCCGACCCCCGACCCAGCCCCUGCUAACUACACGUUCACGCUGCCACCUCCGGGCACAGCAACCAAUGACGACCUUCUCCCCAUGAUCUACUACAACCUCGCCAUGGGCUCGCGGAUCGUGAGAGCAGACAUCGUACCGAUGACGACCUGUCCACCUAAGAACCUGACUGUCGAUGACCCGCUUGGUGGCAAAUACAAAACGGUCGGCCAGCAUCCUUCCUUCCCUCUACGCUGGAAUCCCCGUGGCAGGAUCAGGGGACUCUGGGACGGCGCGCUCAAUAAUGGACAAUACGCGCCGGCUGGAAAGUACAAGUUUGUGUUCCGUGCUCUACGCCUCUUUACCGACGAGUCGAAGUUGGAAAACUGGGACGUGGCCGAGACUCAACCCUUCAGGCUCGAGUACAGAACUUGA